CGUGUCAGAAUGCUCACUGACCUCUUCUUCUUCUUCUUUCGUCCACCACCUCCUCCUCCCCCUCCUCCCCUCUCUUCAUUUCUCUCUUUCUUUCUGCUGGGUAUCUGCCAAAGUUAUAAAAGAACCCACAUAAGUCUCUGCAAAAGCUUUUCCAAACUUUCUCUUCACAUCCCCAACACGCCAAACAACGCCUUAUUAAACCUAAACAACUACUAAAAGCAACCAAACUUCAAUCCCUAUCUCUCUCUCUCUCUCUCUCUCUCUCUCUCAAUGGACUUGCAUCUGAAACAAUGGAGGAACCAGCAUGAGUCAGAGCAACAACCUUCUGCGAAGAUACCAAAACUUCUCCUUGAUCCACAUCAACAAAACCCAUCUGCCUCAGCUUCUGCUUCUCUUGCACUCCCUUUGUUUGUACCUGAACAGCCCUCUACCAAACUCACCAACCUGUCAGCGUUGCCAGAUUCAUCCUCUAGAUUUCCCAAGAUGGGAAGCUACUUUAGUUUGGCUCAGUGGCAGGAGCUGGAGUUGCAGGCUUUGAUCUACAGAUACAUGUUAGCUGGUGCUGCCGUUCCUCCCGAGCUCCUCCAGCCAAUCAAGAAAAGUCUCCUUCACUCUUCUCCAUAUUUCCUCCAUCAUCCUCUUCAACAUUACGCUCAUUAUCAGCCUGCUUUGUUACAAUCAGGGUAUUGGAGCAGAGCUGCCCUGGAUCCGGAGCCGGGUCGGUGCCGGAGAACAGAUGGAAAGAAAUGGAGGUGCUCAAGAGAUGUGGUGGCUGGCCAGAAAUAUUGCGAGCGCCACAUGCACCGUGGCCGCAACCGUUCAAGAAAGCCUGUGGAAAUCCCCACGCCGAACACCACCGCCGCCGUCACUCCACUCUCCGUAGCCGCCUCAACGGUUUCUUCUCUGGGUGCUGGUGGUGGUGGUCUCGGUGGCAGCGACACUUUCAAAUCCACCGGUCCAAUCUCCAUGACAUUGCCGGCAAUGGUGGCUAAUGGGCCGAGCUUCGGCCUCGCCGGACCGGCUAGCUCCGCUGAUCUCCUGCACCUGAAUCAUAGUUCCUCAGAGUUCAGGAUUGAGAACAAGGGCCUCUUUGAAGCCCAAAACGAAGUUGACAACAGACCUGACGGCCACAUUCUAAGGCAUUUUUUUGAUGAUUGGCCCCGAUCACUUCAAGAACCUGAUAAUGCUGGGAGGAAUGCUAGCCCUAUGAGCUCCUCCACCUGUCUCACAAUUUCAUCCUCCGAUGUGUCGUUGAAACUGUCAACUGGUAAUGCAGAUGAACUCACCACCAGGGACGGCGAAAGGGAUCAACUGCAGUUGAAUUGGGCUGCCGGAUGGGCGACAAACCAAAUGGGAGGACCUCUAGCUGAGGCAUUGCGUUCCUCCACUUCAAAUUCUUCACCCACCAGUGUCUUACAUCAGUUGCCGCGGAACUCUGCCACAGAAUCUAGUUACGUUAGCACCUGUGUUUAGUUUAUGUUUUCCUCUAAAUCAAUAAUAAUAUGAUGUUCGUUUUUUUCUGUACUUUUUUUGUUGUUGCCAAUUUUGUUAUCCUUUGCGCUUAUAAACCGCUCAGUACCAUAAUAUCUACUGUAUAAAGUGGGCACGGUCUUUUGCA